AGCGGGCUCCCUCGCUCGCCGAUUGGCUCUUCCUUCUCGCGCUCUCCCUCUGUUUGUGUGAGGAGAAAGAAGCCGCGGCCUAGGUGGGAGUCGUGAGGAGGAAGGAGGAAGGAAGGAAGGAAGCGGCCGUUUGAGAGGCAGCACCGGCGGGUUGCGCUUUCGUGAGGGUCCCCGGUCUCCCCCUUUUUACCCGCUUCUCCCACACAAGGCCUCCUGCGCUGAGAGGAAGGCGGAUGGCGGCAACAUCCGGGGCCUCUGGGGCGGCCUCAGCAGGAGCAGCAGCAGCAACGACGACGACGGUGGCUGCGGCCCCGGCUCUCUACGCCUGCACCAAGUGCACGCAGCGCUACCCCUUCGAAGAGCUCUCCCAAGGACAGCAGCUCUGCAAGGAAUGUCGCAUUGCACAUCCUAUGGUAAAAUGUACUUACUGUCGAUCAGAGUUUCAGCAAGAGAGCAAAACGAACACAAUAUGCAAGAAGUGUGCCCAAAACGUGAAGCAGUUUGGAACGCCAAAACCUUGUCAGUACUGCAACAUCAUUGCAGCUUUUAUUGGCACAAAAUGCCAGCGCUGCACAAACUCUGAGAAGAAGUAUGGGCCUCCUCAGACUUGUGAACAGUGUAAGCAGCAAUGUGCUUUUGAUCGCAAAGAGGAGGGAAGAAGAAAGGUUGAUGGGAAGCUGUUGUGUUGGCUCUGUACUCUGUCCUACAAAAGAGUGCUGCAGAAGACCAAGGAGCAACGGAAGAGCUUAGGGUCUUCACAGUCAAAUUCAUCCUCCACAACUCUCACUGAGAAAGACCAGCAUCAUUUGAAACACCACCAUCAUCACCGUCAUCAUCAUCACCACCGCCACAGCAGCGGGCAUCACAAAAUCAGCAGUCUGAGUCCAGAACAAGAUCAGGGAUUGUGGAAACAGAGCCAUAAAUCCUCUGCAGCUAUUCAGAAUGAAACUCCAAAGAAAAAACCCAAAAUGGAAUCCAAGCCAUCUAAUGGAGAUAGUAGUUCUAUAAAUCAGUCAGCAGACAGUGGCGGGACUGACAAUUUUGUCCUCAUAAGUCAGUUGAAAGAAGAAGUUAUGUCAUUGAAACGUCUCUUGCAGCAAAGAGAUCAAACUAUUCUGGAAAAAGAUAAAAAGUUGACAGAGCUCAAGGCUGAUUUUCAGUAUCAGGAAUCAAAUUUGAGAACAAAGAUGAAUAGUAUGGAGAGAGCUCAUAAGGAGACUGUGGAACAGUUACAGGCAAAAAACAGAGAGCUCCUCAAACAGGUUGCAGCGUUAUCAAAAGGCAAGAAGUUUGACAAGAGUGGGAGCAUGCUGACCUCUCCUUGAAUGACUGGGGCUUUGCAUGGGUGUUAAUAUUCAAAAAGAUAAGUGACUCUGUGGCAACGUCUAAGAAGCUUGGGUAGUCGGGGAAAAAUAUUUUUGCACAGAGUAGUUGGCAUGUUUUCGUACACUUUUUUUGUAACUGAUAAUGCAGUGGAACUUUUUAAAGUUUAAACCAGUUGGAUUCAACCACUUCAGCUGGCUUGAAGAAAAAGGUUUCUUUUUUUAAAAAAAAAUACUAAACAAUUUAUACUGGAGGGGACUUUUUGCCAGUGAUCAGCAAGAGUGCUCUUAUUUUUAGCCACAUCAUGCAAUAAUAAAUACAUGAAUGGCAGCAGCAACUUGAGGGAGAAUUCCAGUAAGCACUGCCAUCAUGAAGUCUCCUUAAUAUAAAUUGGAUUAAUACAGGGCACUUGAACAAGAACAAGACUUGCUUUGGAGCUGUGUAGACUCACAUUUAAAAACAAAAAGCCAACACAUCAAUCACAUCACUAUUCCAACAGGAACUAGUUCACAAACAAAAGGGAAUACUGGAUACCUGGCAGCUGUGCUUUUUAUCUUUCAGUAUAAAUAAGUGAACCGUUGAAGAGUAUAUUGAAUCAUGGUGCUUUUAUUAUCAGAUGCUUAAACCUAUAAAUAUAUGUAAAAGAAUUUUAAUGAUUUUAUUCUUAGUGACAACUGGUGUUUUGCAUUUCUUGUGAUAGAAAUUUAAAGAAAUCCUCUAUUGUAAGUAACAGAACAAAAUAUGGUUCUUGAAAAUAUACUGUAGACUUCUCUCUUGCAAGUGCCUUUUUCUCCCAACUGUUUAUUUAUAGGAUUGUUGAUAUUUUGUAUAUAAAGGGUUCUUUUCCUUUUUUUAAAAAAUCAUGUUUAAAUGUUUCUCCAUGUGUGUAUAUGCAUAAUAUAUGUACAGAAGAAUCACAUGCUAAGAUCACAGGUGUUAGGAUGCUAGUGAAGGUGCUACGAACUGGGAGGCAAUGAUUUUUUUUAUUACUAUAGAUAAAUGUAACAGAUAUGUCUUUGUAGAGGGUAUUUGUCUUAACUUGUGUGCCUAACUUAAUUUUCCUUUUGCCACACUAAACUGUAGGGCUUCUAAAAAUAUAUAUUUCUUCUUUUAAUUUAGCUAAAUUUGCAUUGUAUUUUUGGUGACGUACUUUAAACUGAGAGACAUAGGAACAGUGUUUGUAUUCAUAUCUUUCUUUUCAGUGACACAAAGCCUUUAUUUAAACAUGCCUUUUCAGUUCCAUGUAGUAAAGAAACAGCAGCCCCAUAGAUAGAUGUUUUACCAAAAACUAGCGAUAUACAGUAAUUCUGUGGAAACUAACCUGGGAGUAAAAGAAAAAAGUCCCCGGAAAAGGCUCCAAAGGACUCAAAUUGAAAACCAAAGCCCCAGCUAGACGGUUGUGUGGAUCAGGCGGGAUUAGUGUGGGCUCAAGCAACAAAUGUUCUAAAGGAGAAGACUAAGGAAAGCAUCAUAUUUCACAAUAAAAAGCCAUGCAGAUGUGCCCUAAGUCAUUGACUCCUGGGGCUCCAUGGGAACAUAAUCAGUGGUGUAUCAGGUUACCCGAAGGAGAAGAGACCUUGUCUACCAUAGCUCAGACUUCGAAAUGCAGCUGAAGUAAUUCAGAGAUGUCAUCCCAGUUAGUUCAUGGCAGUCGUGAAUCUAAACUAGGCCUGCACAACUUGGCAGUAGUGAGGGGGCGAAAUUAAAACAGGCUGAACCUCUUUGGGCCGCAAAUAAAAAAUUUUAGCACCUAGAGGUAAAACAGCUGGAGAGGGGAAUUGCAGUUCCAGUUGCUGCUCUGCUGUAGCGUUGUGUGUAACCUCCCUCUGGAGUUUAGACCAGGCAUAGGCAGAUGUCAACCUUCCAGGUGUUUUGACCAACUCCCACAAUUCCUACCAGCUGUUAGAAAUUAUGGGAAUUGAAGUCCAAAACACCUGGAGGGCCUAUGUCCUACUUAUUUCCCCAAAGGCAGUCCAUCUGAAAGGAAUGAGAUGUAUUGAAAGGGGAUUUUAAUGUUCUCUUUGGGAUGGUAAUACAAAUUGUUAAAAAUGUCACAGGUCAUUCCAAAAAACACUGUUUUCAUCAGCUUAAAAGAUAAACCUUUCCCAUACAAGGGUGCUAAAGGUACACCUAUGAAUUAGUUGCCCUUCAGCUGGCAUUGACAUGAGUUUGGGCCUCCAGCUACCUACCCAAAAGAUCAGGAGGAUUUAUUCCCAAGAGACUACUAAAUAAUUGUAAUUUGCAAAGAGACAAAAAGCUGCUUUCUACAAUACUGAGAUUUUUUAAAAAAAGAAAUAUUGUACAAUUACUUUGUUUAAAUGUAUAAAUAUUAUUUGUUGAUUUUACAUAAUUAUACAGCUAGGGUAAAACAACCUGCUGAAAUCCUAUGUUCAAUCACUGAACAUUUGGGUGAGUUUUAUAAAAUUCCUGACUUCCAUUUCAGAGUAUUUUGAUACUUUUUUUCCCAGUCGAAUGGCUACUUGUAACUGGUGGUUUUUGUUAUUCUUAAAAUAAAUUCAUAGAAAAUUAUUCACUUUCUGAUCAAGUCAUUUUCAGUGAAACCUGUUUAUGCUGCAACAAAGACAUUCUAGAGGAAGAGAGCUAAUGUUUGUUUUUUAAAGUAACAGAGUUGUAUAAAGGCCAUUAUGAAACAAUUUACAGACGUUCAAUGUUUAGAAACAUUCUGGUUUUUCUUUUGCUUUUAAUUGUAUAACCUCUCUAGCCUGGGAGUUUUAAUGGCUAGAAAUAAUAAGUGGGAUCCUGGAGCUUAAGGUUUAUUUUCAGAAUGAUUUUUUUAAAGGUGACACAUUGUAAUGACAAAAUGCAUUUUAGGUCAGUUUUUAAACUGUUAGCAUUGAACAAUAAGCAAUUCAUUUGGGCUAGAGUUAUUUAUGUGUUUUUAAGCCUGUGAAUAUUGCAGUUUCUUUUUAAUUAGGAUGUCUGUGUCCAUUCUGAGGCAAAGCUGUUCAGGUUGCUCCAUCUGUAUAUACUGUUCAAAUAAUGUACUGCAUCACAGGUUGGCAGUUGACAUUUUUUGUACUCUUUUUUCUAAACCCAAUAUUUCACAAUAAAAGCUUGUUUAAAACAUCA